AUGACUCCAGUCGUGGACCACCCCGGGUUGAGAGGUACUCCGCUUGCUAUGCUGGCUGCUCAGUGCAACAAGCUGAGCAGCAAAAGUCCCCCACCCUUGGCAGACGCAGCAGUCGGCAAGGGAUUUCAUCCGUGGAAGAAGACGUCAGGCGGGCAAGGCGGCGUCGGAGGAACCACUGCAGUUGGUCCGUCUUCCGGCGGAAUCGGUGGCAUCGGCGGCGGCGGCGGUGGUGGACAACAAAGACCCGGCAGCACCGGUGGCGGUGCUCAUUCUCCGGCGUCUGUGGCAGUGUCUGCGCCCUGCUACCAGCGUCCCACAGUCACGUCCUCUGCGUCCGCAGUGGCCUCUGCACCCUACGGCUCGGAUUUCUACUUCCACAGCGCCGGGCCGAUGAGCAGUCCGAACACCGUGGACUCGCAACAGACUGCUGCCCUGCUCGGAAAGAUGGAUUCCUCCGCCCACCUGGGCUCCAUGUAUUCGCGGAUGGCGUACGAGUCGUGGCCGUUCAACGCCGCAGCGGCCGCAGCGCAUUCCGCCGCCGCCAUCAAGCCCGAGGUCACGUCCAGUGGACUCAACACGUCGUCGUGGUGGGACGUGCACUCGGCCGCGGCGGCCGCAGCAGGAGCAGCCGGCACGUGGCUGGACAUGUCCUCCUCGGCCGCCACGCUGCCCGGCAUGUCCCAGGUGCCGUCAUACGGGCCGCCGGGCGCUGGAGACUACACAGCGCACCUAUUAUCCUCCGGACAACACUUGCUGCAGGACACGUACAAGUCCAUGCUGCCGACGCAGGGCAUGGGUGCAGCUGGCAUGGGAUCCGUCGGCGUCGGGCCCGUGGGUGCCCCGUUCGGACUCGGACAACCCGCCUUGGCCCAGGUGCCGUCGUCUCGAUCUCAGCGUCGCUACACCGGCCGCGCCACGUGCGACUGUCCGAACUGCCAGGAGGCCGAGCGGCUCGGACCCGCCGGCGCUCACCUGCGCAAGAAGAACAUCCACUCCUGCCAUAUCCCGGGCUGCGGCAAGGUCUACGGCAAGACGUCGCACCUGAAAGCCCACCUCCGCUGGCACACGGGCGAGCGGCCGUUCGUGUGCAACUGGCUCUUUUGCGGCAAGCGGUUCACGCGUUCGGACGAGCUCCAGCGCCACCUGCGCACGCACACCGGUGAGAAACGAUUCGCGUGUCCCGUCUGCAACAAGCGCUUCAUGCGCUCCGACCACCUGUCCAAACACGUGAAAACGCAUAACGAGGGCGGCGGGCAGAAGAAGUCCGGCUCCAGUAGUUGCAGCGACUCGGAGAACAGUCAGUCCGAGCCGCCGAGCGUGUCGUCCCCUUCCUCCGUCAGCACUCCGCCUUUGUCCCAGCAGCCGAAUACUCCGAAUGCCAUGGCCCACUCCGCGACAGUGUCACUGCAUGCUGCCGAGUCCAUUGGACGAUGA